CACGUUCGGAAUUAGGAACAGAACCAUAAUAAGGUAGAUGUCGCUUUUGGCAUCAGUUGUCGUUUGGAACCAAUCGGACACCAGAUGCCAUCUUUGUUUUGGUUUGUUGUGUUUUGAUUGGUGGAAUUGAAUGCAGAUGCAUAAACCGUAAAAUUAACCGUUUUUUUUUUCAGAGAACGAGUGUUAGCGUGUAUUGUUUGUCGACAAAAUUUUAUGUUUUUAGAUUUUACCGUGAAAGUGAAAAAAUAGGCGAAGGAAGAACUGGUAAUUUUUAACGUCAUAAUGUCCUUUGCUCGAAGUCUACAUGAAGAGUUGAAUGAACCGGACGAUUUCGAUACAUCGUCAGGUUGCGGCGAUAUGUCUUUCGAAUUUUUCUCCGAUAUGGACAACGGAGGUGACAGUAUAGUAUGUUACAGUCCAAAAAAUGAACAUGCACUGAGAAAAUUGGAAUUUGCCGGAUGUGAUAAUAAUGUGGUAACACCAGGACCAAAGAAUGGCUCAUUUAGUCCCCCUUACAAACGGGUUCGAGCCCUUAGAUUAUUUGAUAGUCCUCUAACGCCAAAGACUAUUAUUCAGAAUUGCUCUUCUGGAACUCCUAUACCUAGGAGCAGACUGUUUGGUAGUAAACCCAGGGCUGUGCCAAGUGCUUAUGCCAAAAGAGAAGAAAGACCUUCUGCUAACGUGAAUCCCUUUACGCCAAACGGUAUGUUAUUAUCAAAAAAGCGCACUAGGUCAAUCCGAUCUCUGUUAGGAUCUCCAGAUAUGAAACCAGUAAAGUUAGAUUUAAAUGAAAGUGAUGCUUCAGAUGCAGAAAUAGAGCAGCCAACAAAAAGGGUGGCUUUACAAGAAAAUAACAUUUCUAGAUAUCAUAAAGAAUUUUUAGAAUUAGAACUUAUAGGAAAAGGCCAGUUUGGGUCUGUUUUUAAAUGUGUUAACCGAUUAGAUGGCUGUGUUUAUGCAGUAAAGAAAUCAACCAAACCUGUUGCUGGAAGUUCUUAUGAAAAAACUGCUUUGAAUGAGGUUUAUGCACAUGCAGUUUUAGGUAAACACCAGCAUGUAGUCAGAUACUACUCAGCGUGGGCAGAAGACAAUCACAUGAUCAUUCAAAACGAGUAUUGCAAUGGCGGUUCUUUGGCAGACAAAAUCUCAGAGGAGCCCCUCAGCGCCCAGGAGUUACGGACCCUUCUGAUUCACGUGACUGAGGGACUCAGAUACAUUCAUUCAGAGGGUCUCGUGCACUUGGACAUCAAACCGGGCAACAUCUUCAUUUCUAGAGAGAGAAAAAUGCACAUAACAAAUUAUGAUUCAGCGGACGACGGUUUUGAGGAUCUAGAUGACAAUUCGAUGAUGGAAGAGGAACUGACUUACAAAAUCGGUGAUUUAGGACAUGUUACCAGCCUACAGAACCCACAGGUCGAGGAAGGGGACUGCAGGUAUUUGCCAAACGAGAUAUUGCAUGAAGAUUACACUCAUCUCACGAAGGCGGACGUUUUUGCAUUGGGACUGACUGUUUUGGAAGCGGCGGGUUCCGGUGCUUUGCCCAAAAACGGCGAGGAGUGGCACACUUUGAGGCGCGGCGAAAUACCGCCCUUACCGCAGAAGUUGAGCCGAGAUUUGGUAGACCUUAUAAAGAAUAUGAUACAUUCUGAUCCCACUCACAGACCUUCCCCUAUACAGAUAAUGCAAAACAGAGCAUUGUCGCCAGAGAGUUACAAAUCAAAGGCAGAGCUGACCAGAGAGUUAAAUGCUGAAAAGUUGAGGAACGAAAUGCUGAUGAAGCAACUUAAAGAGGCCACCAUAUGCAUAAAGACGUUUGAAACUGUAAAGAUGCCGACGUCGACAAAGGCCAACAGAUUGAUAGGGAAGAAAGUGAAUAGAAGCGUUAGUACUACAACAUUCUGAGUUUUUAAUUUUAUAUUUUUUAGGACUAAAAGAGUUAAAAAAGUGCUAAGUAGUUUUUAUGGUCCUACCGUGUUUAUUAGUGAAAAAGAACUCGACUGGUGGCUGUUGGAAAUAAGUGAUGACUUGUACAUUUUGUUGAAAAUUUACGUUGCUCAUUAUUUUGUAUAAUAAAAGUUGUCUCCUGACUCGAGUGGUCUGAGAAUAAAUGAAUUAUGUAAUUUAUUACUGUUGAAUCGGUAUUAUGGUUCGUUCUUCUCAUGGAACUUAUUUUUUUAUCAUACAGGUAAGAUCAAAUAGAUUGAUUUUUUUUUUUUUUAUAAAUACAAAAAUGAUAACUCGUUUUAAAGUUUGAACAUUUGUCUAUUUUUCUACAUGUCGUCACUUCGAUCAAUGCAUUUUUGUAGACGCUAUGACAGUUUUUGUAUGCCCAGCUCCCUACCAUGUCCUUAAAAAGAGUUGAACCUCGUCUUCCGGUCCAGUGGUCUUUCAACUUAGGGAACAGGUGGUAGUCAUUGGGUCCUGAAUAUAUUGUGGGUGUGUGAUGAUGUUCCCAUUUAAACUAUUUGCAGGAGAGCGACGGUUUGAUGGGCGUGCGUUCAGCUCCGACGACGAGGUGAAAGUUGAGGAUCAAUGCUUUCUCAAGUACAUGGCAGGGAGCUGAUAUGACAUGGGCACACAAAAACUAUUACAGCAUUACAAAAUUGCAUCGACCGAAUUAAUUUUUGUAUCUCUAAAAAAUAUAUAAGACCUUACUAUUGGGAUUAUCCUCGUUUAAAAUUUCUUUUAGCAUUUCAACAUUGCAAUUUAUUAACUAAUGACAAACCUUAAAAGUUACGACACGAAAAAAAAAUGGUAUUUUAGGGACUAAUUUAAUGAUACUAUAAAUUUAAAAUACAAAGAUAGGAUCUAGAUUAUUUUCAAAAAUAUUAACAAAAAUUGGUCUUUUUGUGAUAUUAGAUUUGGACUAAAAAGGCAUUUUCACACUGAAGCGGUAGUCGACUCGAUUGCCGUGUCGUUUCGAGACUCAAUAACUCAAUUUGUUUUGUCGAAAGAACCGUUGUUGUCGACAGUGAUAAAUUAUAUCAAGACUCAUAAUCCACAAUUUUUGUACGACCUGUAUUUUAAACAUUUAAAUGACAAAAAAAAAUUUAAUCCUGGCAUACUGUUAAAUAUAUUUUACAUAUUUUUAUGGGGGGC